CAACAGCGCCAAUAACUCGCUGCGGGCGGGCGGCGGCCGCAGCAUGGAGUGAGCGGCCAGGGGAGGAGAGAGGCGAGGUCGGUGCGGAUCGCAGCUCCCGCCCAAGCGGCAGACAAGGCGGAGGAGAGAGGGGUAGAGCCCGAGACCGGCUUCGCGGCGGCGGCUUUCUCGUUUUCUUCCCCGCCUCCCUCCGCCCUCGGAGCGGGUUACCGGCCUGUGCUAUGGCCCGGGCGGCGGCAGGGAGCGGGCAGUGAGCCGCCGGCCGCCGAGGGACGCCCUAAGCAGGGGGACAGGCGGGGGCGCGGCGGGAAGCGCUCGCUCCCUCCCACGUCUCCCCUCCCUCUCCACGCGCCCGGGCGGAGCGGCGGCCGCUUCCUCGCGUCCUUGAUGCCCGGGCGGCCGCCAGGCGGCCAUCGGCGGCGCGCUGCCCUCUGCUCCCGCCUCGCUGCCCAGGCCCGGCCCGCCGCCGCCCCCGCCCUUCCCCCGGCCGCUGCGCCGCGCUAGGCCCCGCCGAGCCGUCCCGCUCGGUCCCCUCUUCCCCGGCAGCGCGGCAUCGUCUCCUGCCGGCACAAGGCGGGCCGGAGGAUGAGCCAGCAGCCGGUGGGGAAGAUGUCGGCGGCUCUCCUCACGGCGGAGGCGCUGGAGCCGGCGGCGGGGAUGCUCGAGGGCCGCCAGAGGAAGCUGGAGUCCAUGAUCCGCGACCCGCGCUCGCCGGUCAAUGUGGAGAGCCUGCUGGAUGGCUUGAAUUCUUUGGUCCUUGAUCUGGAUUAUCCAGCGCUGAGGAAGAACAAGAACAUCGAUAAUUUCUUAAACAGAUAUGAGAAGAUUGUGGAAAAAAUCCGAGCUUUACAAAUGAAGGCUGAAGACUACGAUGUUGUUAAGGUGAUUGGAAGAGGGGCUUUUGGAGAAGUGCAGCUGGUUCGCCAUAAAAUGACACAGAAGGUUUAUGCAAUGAAGCUGCUUAGUAAAUUUGAAAUGAUCAAGAGAUCAGAUUCGGCAUUUUUCUGGGAAGAAAGAGAUAUCAUGGCCUUCGCCAACAGCCCGUGGGUGGUUCAGCUAUUUUGUGCCUUUCAAGAUGACAAAUACUUGUACAUGGUAAUGGAAUACAUGCCAGGUGGAGAUCUUGUAAAUCUUAUGAGCAAUUAUGAUGUGCCUGAGAAAUGGGCCAAGUUCUAUACAGCUGAAGUUGUUCUUGCACUUGAUGCAAUUCACUCCAUGGGCUUGAUACACAGAGAUGUGAAGCCUGACAAUAUGCUUUUAGAUAAAAAUGGGCACCUGAAGCUGGCAGACUUUGGCACUUGCAUGAAAAUGGAUGAAACAGGUAUGGUGCGCUGCGAUACAGCGGUGGGAACCCCAGACUACAUAUCGCCCGAAGUUCUGAAAUCCCAAGGGGGUGAUGGUUAUUAUGGACGGGAGUGUGACUGGUGGUCUGUAGGAGUUUUCCUUUUUGAGAUGCUGGUUGGUGAUACUCCUUUUUAUGCAGACUCAUUAGUAGGAACAUACAGUAAAAUUAUGGAUCACAAGAACUCAUUACAUUUCCCGGAUGAUGUGGAAAUCUCUAAGCAUGCAAAGAACCUUAUCUGUGCCUUUUUAACCGAUAGGGAUGUGCGACUUGGGAGAAAUGGGGUAGAAGAAAUAAAACACCACCCUUUCUUCAAGAGUGAUCAGUGGAACUGGGACAACAUUCGAGAGACUGCUGCUCCUGUUGUUCCUGAGCUUAGCAGUGAUAUAGAUAGCAGUAAUUUUGAUGACAUUGAGGACGACAGGGGAGAUGUGGAAACCUUCCCAAUCCCCAAAGCCUUCGUGGGAAACCAGCUGCCUUUUAUAGGAUUUACCUACUACAGAGAAAAUUUGUUACUAAGUGACUCCUCUCAGUCUUGCAGAGAAAAUGAAUCUGUGCAAUCUAGUAAAAAUGAGUUUCAGAAAAAACUGAGCAAGCUAGAAGAACAGCUCAGCAACGAAUUACAAGCCAAAGAUGAACUAGAACAGAAGUACAGGUCUACUAAUACCCGUUUAGAGAAGAUAGUGAAAGAGCUAGAUGAAGAGAUAACUUCAAGGAAGAAUGUAGAGUCUGCAGUCAGACAGUUAGAAAGAGAGAAGGCCCUUCUUCAGCAUAAGAAUACAGAAUACCAGAGAAAAGCAGAACACGAAGCAGACAAGAAACGCAAUUUGGAAAAUGAGGUUAACAGUUUGAAAGACCAGCUUGAAGAUUCGAAAAAGAGGAAUCAGAACUCACAAAUAUCCAAUGAGAAAAUUAAUCAACUACAAAGACAGUUGGAUGAAGCAAAUUCCCUGCUGCGGUCAGAGUCUGAUACUGCAGCCAGGUUAAGGAAGAACCAGACAGAAAGCACGAAACAAAUCCAGCAGCUGGAAGCUAAUAAUAGAGAGCUACAAGAUAAGAACUGCCUGCUAGAGAAUGCGAAACUCAAACUGGAGAAGGACUUUCUGAAUCUUCAGUCAGCUCUAGAAUCAGAAAGGAGAGAUCGAAGUCAUGGAUCAGAGAUUAUCAGUGAUUUACAAGGUCGAAUAUCUAGCCUCGAAGAAGAAGUAAAAAAUGGAAAGACUGCAUUAGCCAAACUGGAAAUGGAGAAGAGACAACUGCAAGAAAAACUUACAGAUUUAGAAAAGGAAAAGAGCAACAUGGAAAUAGAUAUGACAUAUAAAUUCAAAGUUAUGCAGCAGAACCUUGAACAGGAAGAAGCUGAACAUAAAGCCACAAAAGCACGAUUAGCAGACAAAAAUAAGAUCUAUGAAUCAAUAGAGGAGGCAAAAUCUGAAGCCAUGAAAGAAAUGGAGAAGAAACUUCUGGAAGAGAGAGCUUUAAAGCAAAAAGUAGAAAAUCGUUUGUUAGAAGCUGAAAAGCAGCGCUCUAUGUUGGACUGUGACCUCAAACAAUCACAACAGAAAAUCAAUGAGCUCCUUAGGCAAAAGGAUAUACUCAAUGAAGAUGUAAAAAACCUGACGUUAAAAAUAGAGCAAGAAACACAAAAGCGCUAUCUCACUCAGAAUGACCUCAAGAUGCAAACACAGCAGGUCAACACCUUGAAAAUGUCAGAGAAGCAGUUAAAACAGGAGAAUAAUCACCUUCAGGAAAUCAAAUUAAGUCUGGAAAAACAAAAUAAUGAACUCCGCAAGGAACGGCAAGAUGCAGAUGGACAAAUGAAAGAGCUUCAAGACCAGCUUGAAGCUGAACAGUAUUUCUCGACUCUGUAUAAAACACAAGUUCGAGAACUUAAAGAAGAAUGUGAGGAAAAGACCAAACUUUGUAAAGAAAUGCAGCAGAAGAUACAAGAAUUACAGGAUGAGAGAGAUUCCUUGGCUGCUCAGCUAGAGAUUACUUUGACAAAAGCGGAUUCGGAACAACUUGCACGUUCCAUUGCUGAAGAACAGUACUCAGAUUUGGAAAAAGAGAAGAUUAUGAAAGAGCUGGAGAUUAAAGAGAUGAUGGCCAGGCAUAAGCAGGAACUUACUGAGAAAGAUGCCACCAUAGCCUCUUUGGAAGAAGCAAAUAGGACACUAACUAGUGAUGUGGCAAAUCUUGCUAAUGAGAAAGAAGAACUAAACAACAAACUGAAAGAAGUACAAGAACAAAUUACAAAGCUAAAAGAAGAAGAAGCAAAUGUAGGAAAUAUUAAAGCACAAUUUGAGAAACAGUUGUUGAAUGAAAGAACACUGAAAACCCAGGCUGUGAAUAAAUUGGCUGAGAUCAUGAAUCGGAAGGGUCCAGUCAAACGUGGAGCUGACACUGAUGUACGGCGGAAGGAAAAGGAAAAUAGGAAACUCCAUAUGGAACUGAAGUCUGAAAGAGAAAAGUUAACUCAAAUGAUGAUCAAAUAUCAGAAGGAAAUCAAUGAAAUGCAGGCACAAAUAGCAGAAGAGAGUCAGAUACGAAUUGAACUCCAGAUGACUCUGGACAGCAAAGACAGUGACAUCGAACAGCUUCGUUCCCAGCUGCAGUCAUUGCACAUUGGUCUAGACAACAGUAGCAUAGGUAGUGGGCCUGGAGAUGCUGAGGCAGAUGAUGGAUUCCCUGAAUCAAGAUUGGAAGGCUGGCUAUCCCUGCCUGUUAGAAAUAACACUAAAAAAUUUGGAUGGGUGAAAAAGUAUGUGAUUGUAAGCAGUAAGAAGAUCCUCUUCUAUGACAGUGAACAAGAUAAAGAGCAAUCUAAUCCCUAUAUGGUAUUAGAUAUAGACAAACUCUUCCAUGUCCGACCAGUCACUCAGACUGAUGUGUACAGAGCAGAUGCCAAGGAAAUUCCUAGGAUAUUCCAGAUUCUAUAUGCUAAUGAAGGAGAGAGCAAAAAGGAACAGGAAUUUCCUGUGGAGCCCAUGGGAGAGAAGUCAAAUUACAUUUGUCACAAAGGACAUGAGUUUAUACCUACUCUUUAUCACUUCCCAACCAAUUGUGAAGCUUGUAUGAAGCCACUGUGGCACAUGUUUAAACCUCCUCCUGCUCUAGAAUGUCGCCGUUGCCAUAUCAAAUGUCACAAAGAUCACAUGGAUAAAAAAGAAGAGAUUAUAGCACCUUGCAAAGUGUACUAUGACAUUUCAACGGCAAAGAAUCUACUACUGUUAGCUAAUUCUACAGAAGAACAGCAAAAAUGGGUGAGCCGACUGGUGAAAAAAAUACCCAAGAAGCCUCCAGCACCAGACCCCUUUGCUCGAUCUUCUCCUAGAACUUCCAUGAAGGUACAACCAAAUCAGUCCAUAAGACGACCAAGUCGACAGCUUCCUCCAAACAAACCAAGCUAACUGCUUUCCGGGAACACAGGCGCAAUUCAAGGUGAUCAUUUUCUUCCCAUUACAGCAAGACUGAAACAUAUCCCGAAAUAUAUUAAAAAUAUAUAUUUUCAUGAGAGAUUGUGCUAUAUAUAUCAGAGGUUUACAUUUUUGCUGCAAUAUAAAUUACUAAUCUCUGAAGGCUUUUCCUGUAUUCUCCCGAGUGACUGAUCAAAUGAGGAAUGAAAGGAUAGUGAAAGGAUACAUUAGGCGACCUUGUAAACUCUGUUCCACGAAAGCUUUCUCAGCAAGACACAUACACUACAUUUCAUAAAAGGAUCGAGAGAGAUGAAUAUUAAAAUGGAAGAAACUGACUUCUCCGCUUCCGCAAAGAUGUCACCAGCACGUCUGCAAGAAGAAAAGGAGGAAGAUCCACCAUAGUGAUAUAGACUGCAUCUGUAAGAAGUGACCAUUAUACUGUGUAAAUAUAUUGUACUGUAAUACUGCAAGAGGGUUUUAAAAAUCUUUCCACUUUAUUUUUUUAUGCUUAUUAAUCAGAUACCAUUACUUAUUGCAGUUGCAACUAUGCACUUGUAUAAAGCCAUAACAUUCAAGUUUAUAUCAUUCAUACAUGUCUAGCAAAAGCUGCAUGUCAGUGUUUGGCAGCAAGUGUAAGUUUGAAGUAUAUACUAGUUUCAGCUACAUCAUCAUGGGCAGUCCUGUUUUACCUGUCUAAUUGCCUUAAUUUAAUUUUUUUUUUCAAAAUUACUUGCUCAUUCUCUCUAUUUAAGGAAAAAAGAAGGUUUACCAGCUCUUAGGAUGCAAUUUUGCUUUGUGGCAGAAAAAAAUAGUGCACUAUUUUUACACCUAGUAAGUAUAUCGACGUCAGCCUAUUUUGAAUGUAUAUCGACGGGUUUUAAGGGUGGAGAAGCGCUGGUUACAGAAACAAUGUCUGAUACCAUUGGAAUGACUAGACCAUUUGUUUGUGUGCGUAACCACUCCUCUGACCCUUGUUACAAACCUCAAUAUUAGUUAUUGACUUUUAUUAACCCUCAUUAAGUGCUAUGAAACUUCAUUUUGCCUUGUUUUUACAUAUUCUCCUAGAUGUGUUGUUUUGAAUUUUUUUUAUUUCUGGAAAAACAAAAAAGGAUCUUUGACUAUUUUUACAUUUCACAACACGAUAUCCGAGGACUGUCACAAACUUUAAGAAUAAAGUAAAACAUACUGUAGAUGUAUUUUAAAAUUUUAAAUCUGGUUCUCUAGCACAUAGCUGUAGGCAUAGAUAAAUAUUUCAGUAGUGUGUUUUGAGAACUGAUAGCUGGGAAGAAAGGGCCUCAGAGGCACUUAAUCUGACUUUUUUUUUUUUAACUUGGGAGUUGUACAAAAAAAAAUAUAUAAUUUAUGUGGGCUCAUUCAUGACGUGUUCAUAAUUAUCCCAGAAAAUGCAUGUUUUAUACAACUACAGUAUGCGAUGUUAAACAUAUUGAUGGUAAAAAAUGUAGUCUCCUAUUUGGUCUCUUUAUAUAUAUAAAUAUAUAUAUAUUUAAAAAAUAUAUAUAUAUAUAUAAAAUAUUGUGUGGGAGUGCAGUAAUUUAAAAUAUGAUCUAACACUUCAAUGAAGGAAGACAUUUCACUUUAAAAUUUUGCUUGUUUGUUUUUGUUUUUUAAAGAGUGUGGAAAUGUUUGGAAGGAUAGGACCAUGAUUUUAUUUAACACUAUCAUGAAAGGUGGACUUGGAAACACUGAAAAUUAAUAAUUAUAUUUACAUUUUGUAACCUCUUCUACAGUUCAGCUUAACAGAGCCAGAAUGUAUUAAGUCUUCUAUUUAUGCACUCGCAAAGUAAAGCCGUCGUUUGUGAGUUCUGAAAUUCAAACCUAAAACCUUCAUAUCAUUCUGUUAGGUAUUAUAACCCAGUGCACAGCAGCUACAGUGUUUUUUCCCUGCUUGUUUUGAUUUACGGAAGUACAGUAUAUUUUUAGGUAAUGCAGAUUUGCAAUAGAGUACAACAUUAAAAAUGUAUACAGUAAAACUGUUUCCAUUCACUGAAUGCAUAAAUAUUUUAUAUAUAUAUAUAUAAAAUGUUACAUUGUGGGAAGUUCUAUCCUUUUCUGAAUUGGAGAAUAUUAUAUAUAUA